AUGAACAUCGUUGCCAUCGACGAGAUCGAAGCGAUCUCCGAGACCAUCAUCACGCCUCAGCAAGUCUUCGAGGAAACCAUCCCCGUUGCUGUCAUUCAGAAAUCUGCCCCCGCGGAAGAAAUCAUCACAUGCGACGAUGAUUGGGGCGUUUCCAAGUUUGUUUACUCGAACAGCAUUGAUGGAAUCUUAGCUGAAAACAAAGUCCGUGUGCUGCCGGCUGGCUACAACACCGCUGAGCUCAUUCUCGACAUCUCCGCGGAGUCUGAGGAGCAGGAUCCUUUCUACAUUGUUGAUCUCACUACCGUUCUCACCAAGCUCGAUGACUGGAAGACUCUCAUGCCCCGCGUGAAGCCAUUCUAUGCCAUGAAGUGCAACAACGAUGGUAUCAUCUGCAAGAUGCUUUGCGAUGCUGGGUGCGGAUUUGACUGCGCCUCCAAGGCGGAGAUUGAGGCUGCGCUUCAGUUUGGCGUCUUGCCCGAUCACAUCAUCUAUGCCAACCCCUGCAAGCAGGAGAGCAUGCUGCGCUAUGCUCGCUCAGUGGGAGUCAAGAAGAUGACCGCGGACAAUGUUGAGGAGCUACACAAGAUUGCGAAUUGCUUCCCUGAAGCCAAAGUCGUCCUUCGCAUUGCUGUCGAUGAUUCCAAGUCCGUCUGCCGUUUCAACUCAAAGUUCGGUGCUGCGCAGCACGAAUGGGAUGUCCUCCUGAGGACCGCCAAGGCUCUCGACCUUGAUGUUGCAGGCUUCAGCUUCCAUGUUGGCUCAGGAUGCGGAGAUCUCAAGCCCUUCGCCGACGCAGUGGCUGCAGCCAGGGACGCCUUCGACCAAGCUGAGGCUUACGGAUUUUCCCCUUCCAUCCUGGACUGUGGUGGAGGGUUUCCCGGGACCAAUGACGGGGCCUUCUCUUUCCACGAGGUCGCCAGCACGAUCUCGAAUGCCAUCGACCAUUUCUUCCCCCCGUCUUGUGGAGUUCAGAUCAUCGCUGAACCCGGCAGGUACAUGGUAGCAGCAAGUCACACCUACUCAGUGUCUGUCAUCGCCAAGAGGCAGCUCACAGCAGCACAGCUAGCUGAUAAAGAGGUACGGGACUCCAACACGCCCGAAGUAGCUCUAUACAUCAACGACGGAUGUUACGGCUCCUUCAACUGCAUCGUGUUCGACCAUGCCAUCAUCACUCCCAAGGUCCUCGGAACCAAGUCUGCCCUUCCCUUCGAUACGCCGUCCAAGCUCUUCGGACCCACUUGCGACAGCAUCGACGUGGUCAUGCCUUGCACUCUCCUUCCCCAGCUUGAUAUCGGCGACUGGAUCUGGUUCCCCAACAUGGGCGCUUAUACUCGCUGCGCGGCGUCUCGCUUCAACGGCCAGGGAGCCUUCAACAUCCAUUACGUUUGGGCUGGAGUGCCGUCCAAGUAG